GAGCUGAGCAGGCACAGACACUGGCAGCAAUCAAGAGUUCAAGACUCUUUGACAGCAGGAGCCUGGAAGAAAGGACAGAAAUGGCUCUGGCUGUGAUGGGGCUCUUACUGGGCCUGCUGCUUCUGGACCACCUAAUUGUGGUCACCUAUGGCCAUCCCAUCCUUGAAGCGCCUGAGAGUGUGAUAGGGCCUUGGAAAGGGAAUGUGAAUAUCCCCUGCACCUAUGGUCCUCUGCAAGGCUACACCCAAGUCUCAGUAAAGUGGCUGGUACAACGUGACUCUGACCCAGUCACCAUCUUCUUACGUGACUUCUCCGGAGAUCAUAUCCAGCAAGCAAAGUACCAGAGCCGCCUGAAUGUCAACAAUGAGGUUCCAGGAGAUGUGUCCCUCCAACUGAAGACCCUGGAGAUGGAUGAUCGGAACCACUACACUUGUGAAGUCACUUGGCAGACCCCUGAUGGCACCCAAGUGGUGAGAGAUGAGAUCAUUGAGCUCCGUGUCCAAAAACUCUCUGUUUCCAAGCCCACAGUGACGACUGACAGUGGCUAUGGCUUCACAGUGCUCCAGGGAACGAGGAUUAGCCUUCAAUGCCAGGCUCGGGGUUCUCCUCCCAUCAGUUAUGUUUGGUACAAGGAAGAGACUAACAACUCAGAACCUAUUAUAGUAACAAGCUUGGGUACCUUAGUCUUCACGGCUGCAGUGGUGGCUGACUCAGGCUACUAUUUCUGUACUGCCAAGGGCCGGGUAGGCUCUGAGCAGCGCAGCAACAUUGUGAAGUUUGUCGUCAAAGACUCCUCAAAGUCACAAAAAAAACAGAGUGAGGCACCUACAACCAUGCAAUCCCCUUUGGCAAGAACACCCACAGUGAACUCAUCCUGGGCCUGGACCACUGAAGAGCAUAGCUACCUUGGGGAUACCAGUACUAGGCCAGGAAAGGGCCUGCCUAUAUUUGUCAUAAUUCUUAUCAUCUCCCUGUGCUGUAUGGUGGUCUUCAGCAUGGCUUAUAUCAUGUUCUACAGGAAGAAGUCCCAACAGGAUCAUGUCUAUGAAGUCUUCAGGGUGAAUUCCAGGGAGGCCAGUGACCCUGAUGAAACAAUGAGAGUGCCCAUCUUCGAAAGUGGCUGCUACAGUGAAGAUCCAGCUUCCUGGACUCUGGGCAAUGGCUACUCUGAUGAACCCCGCCUGAACCAGGAGUACCAGAUCGUUGCCAGGACAAAUGGUGACUAUGACUGCCUGCGGAACACAGUUUCCCUGGAUCAUGAGCUUCUGACCACCGAGGGCAAGAGUGUCUGCUAAAACUGCCAUACUAGGCCAGGGUUGCUGACAUAAUUGCCUUUUAACUCCUGUUUUUUUGUAUGGUCUCUCUUCUCUUCCUGGAUAGCCCAACAUGUCUUACCUGCCAACACUGGGAUCCCUAAGUGUGACUGGCUUUGCCUAAGAAGUUGCCACAGGCACACAAGCAAGCCUGUUUCUGGGUUAGGUCCCGAGCCUUCUAGCAUCCCUGCAUGGGACUUCUGCUGCAUCUCUCCAAGCACCAGAGGGAAAUUCUCAUAGCACUAAGACACCACUUACCUUUGGCAUCUUCUCACCAGAAGACCAGAGGGAGGUUCAGUUCUGCCAGCUCAGGAGACCAGUUAUGUCUAGAAUCACUUCCUUCUUUCCAAAGCUAUGUUUUAACUUGAAAUUGUCAUGUAAUAGGCCAAGGUUCAGUUCUUCUCUUUACUGUGAGUCUAGUGCUCUGAUAUUCUUCUGAUGUUCAAUAAAUAUCUAAUUAUAAUUGCAA